GUUCCCAAACUCGCCGCGAGUCAGGCGAGUUCGCCGAGUUGGCGAGUCGAGCCAACCUCGGCGAGUUUUGCUGACUCGCCGCUCGGACUCGGCCGCGCGAUAGGGGCAAUUCGGAUUUUAAAAAACAAAAAUAAUAAAAGCUUUUACAUUUGUUUUUUUUACCUUUCUCUUUGAUAUAACCCUAAAAGGUCUUCUAAUUGUUAGUUGUGAGAAGAAGAGAGGAAAAGUGAGAGAGAGGAAGGAAAACAAGAGGCCAUAGGUUUGCAACCAGCAAGGAAGAAGAGCAUCAAGGAGACCACAAAUCACAUUGGGGAGGCCAUAGGCUUGCAUUGAGAGCAUCAAGGAGUCCAAAGCAAGACUUCUCAACUCAUUUGAAAGAGCAGCCUUCACGUUUAAAAAACAUUCAUUUUUCACAAUGCCUAAAAAGGAUGAGGCUUGGAAAUAUACUGAAGACUUUAUUGGCAGACAAAAAAAUCAAACAAAAUGUUUUUUUUGUAAAGAAAUUAAUUUUGGUGGCAUCAAUAGAUUUAAAUACCAUAUUGCCGGCAUACCUGGCCAUGAUAUUGAGGUAUGCAAAUUACAAACUCCUGAGGCAAAACGUUUAUGUUAUGUCCAAUUAGAAAGACAUGAACAAGAAAAGUUAACUAAGAAGAGGCAAUUGGAAGAGUUAAGUGCUAUUGGCUCCCAUGCACCCACAUCCGCAUCUGCAUCCGCAUCCACAUCCGCAUCCACAUCCGUAGGCUGUGUUGGAGAGGGUUCUUCCAUGCCUCCCUUUUACCCUAGUGCUUCUGCUAGUGCUAGUGUUUCUACUUCUACUCCUCCUGGUGGCACUAUUACCUUUGGCCCUAGAGUUCGGAAAUCCAGGUUGGAUAGUUAUUUUGUGCCGCGUAGUACUCCUGGGGCACAACCCUCGCUUGAGGGCAUGGGUUGGAACAAGGAGGUUCAUGAUGCUGCAAGAAAACAAAUUUGCAAGUUUUGGUACUUUUGCAACAUUCCAUUUAUUGCAGCCAGGUAAUUCUUUUUGAUUUGAUUGCUUUAAGUUUAAAAGUAAAUUUAUAGUUUGAAGUUGAACUCUACUUUGUCUAAUCAUAAUCUAUUUGUGACAAGUCUCCUUAUUGGCAAGGCAUGGUAGAUUCCAUAACCAUUUGUGGUGCGGGGUUUAAAGCCCCUACCGAUGCUGAGUUAAGUGGCCCCCUCUUGUUACAAAUGGUUGAGGAUAUGAAAGUUGAGCUAGAGGACCACCGACAGUCUUGGAGCCAAAAGGGUUGCACCAUCAUGACAGAUGGUUGGACGGAUAGGAGGAAUAGAACACUCCUAAAUUUUCUUGUUUCCUGCGGAGGAUCCACCAUGUUCUUGAAAUCUAUUGAUGCUUCCUCACAUGUGAAAAAUGCCACAUACUUAUGUGAGGCUAUUGAGGAAGUCAUACAAGAGGUGGGGGAAGAAAAUGUGGUGCAGGUGGUGACAGAUAAUGCAGCAAGUUAUGUUGCUGCAGGUAAACUUUUGAUGGAGAGGCACCCGAAAAUUUUUUGGUCUCCUUGUGCGGCCCAUUGCCUUGACCUCAUGUUGGAGGAUAUUGGUAAGCUUGAAUGGGUGAAAUCAAUAGUUGAAAGGGCCAAAAAUAUCAGCAAUUUUAUCUACAAUCAUGCAUUGGUCCUUAGCAUUAUGAGGCAAUACAUGGGGCAAAAGGAGUUGGCUCGUCCUGGUAUCACAAGGUUUGCCUCAAACUUCCUCACACUGAAAUCCUUGAUAAAAUCAAAGGCGGCUUUGAGGUGUAUGUUUGUUGGCGAGGAGUGGACUUCCUCAUCCUAUGCUACGACCAUUGCAGGGAUAGAUGUGGUAAAUUGCAUUUUUGAUGAGCCAGGUUUUUGGACCCCCUGUGGAGAAACCGUGCAGGUCACUGAGCCCCUCGUAGUUCUCCUACGAGUUGUUGAUGGGGAGAAUCCCUCUAUGGGCUAUAUAUAUGAGGGUAUGGAUAGGGCCAAGGAGGCCAUUAGGUCCAUAUAUGCAGGAGAUGAGGAUAAGUAUGGCCCCAUUUGGGAGAUUAUUGAUAGGAGAUGGCAGAACCAGCUUCACAGGCCCAUCCAUGCAGCAGCCUAUUACCUCAAUCCGGCAUUUCGAUUCUGUGAUGACUUCAAGGCAGAUGAGGAGGUUCUUAGUGGCCUGUAUACAGUAGUUUAAAAGUUGUGUACUGAUGGCACAACCUCAAGUACAACGCUCCAGCUGGAUAAAUAUAAUAAUCGAGAAGGGGCAAUCUUCUCAAGCAGCAUGUGCAUAGAGGCUCGAACACAAUUGCAGCCAGAUAGAUGGUGGCAAAUGUUUGGGCCCUCAACCCCAAACCUUCAAAAAAUUGCCAUCCGUAUUUUGAGCCAGCCAUGCAGCGCUUCUGGAUGUGAGCGCAAUUGGUCCAUGUUCGAGCACAUCCACUCGAAGAGGCGUAAUAGAUUGUCUGUGGAGAGGUUGAAUGAUCUUGUUUUUGUUCAUUACAACCUUCGUCUUAGGACCAGACAGAUUUUGGACACUGACUCCUCUCCGAUCACUUUAGCGGAGAUCGAUCCAGAGUCUGAGUGGAUCACUGAGUCUACCGAUCCCGUCUUCACUGAGGAGGACCAUGAGUGGGUUGACCAGGCAGACAGAGAGGCUGAGACUGUGGCUAUGGCAGAGGAGGAGGAUAGAGCACGAUCCGGCACAGGCACCUCACGGGCAGAGACUAUGGCUUCUCAGUCAUCCAGGACCCACAUUAGACGCAUUUGUAGGAGGCAGACAGACUACUCUGAGGCUGAGGAUGAGCUAGAGCCUGAGCCAUAGACUUGUUUUUGUUUACAGUUAUAUAUAUGUUUGGGAACAUUUGAUGUCAUGGAUUUUAUAUACAUUUGACAACAUUUAUAACUCUAUAUAUCUAUGUUUUCUAUUUCCUUCA